AUGCCGCGGGCCUCGGCCACUCCAGCUCCCGGUGGCCUGUGGCAUACGCGGGGCCCUCCGGCUGCGCCAGUGCUUGUGCCCGCCAACUCUUGGCUUUACGUUCCUCUUCUCCAUGCAGCGGCCGGGGAUCUGCACGCUGACGCCCUGGAGGCAUGGCGGCGUGAUAGCCGCGCGGCCCCAUGGUGGGAUUCCACCAGUCACGCUUUGGCAGCCGCAGCGCCCGUCACGGCUGACACCUUGCGUUCGGCGCUCCUGGACCACUCCCCUGAUGGCGCGUCCUCUACUGCGCGCUUAGCACACUCCGCGGCCAACACUCCAGCUGAUGCACGGUUUCAUCUGGGCUGGGCCUGCCGAGCUCUGGCGGACAUAUCCGGUUACCUACCCGCCGCCGCGCAGGAAGUGCUGCUUCAAACAUACGGCGGCCUUCGCCUCGCUGCUGCCGUCAAUGAGCGUUCCAACGCUUUCCGGCCAGAGGACGCCGCAGACACACCUCACGGUGCACUCCGGCGCCGUCGACGGGCCCACCCUCGUAGCAGCGUCUCGCCCGCGGUCGCGGCGCCUGCAACGGGCCUGGCCGUCACAACGGAGAGCGCCAUCCCCAUCCCUGCCUCAUCCUCCGAGUCCGAGCCUCCGCCGCCGGCGACCGAUGUACUUGCUCUGCCCCCGCGAGCCUCUGUCCCGCCGGUGGCGGUGUUAGACUCCAGCAGGGACUCGCGUUCCGAUGCCCCGGCGACUCGCCCCCUUGCUCCCGCUCCUUCUGCACCGUCUAUUCAGCGCGUGCCAGCUGCUUCCUGGGACUGGCUUGAUCGCUUGGACCUUGCUUCCGAGCUAGCCACCCCAGUUCGCACCAUCCGCAGUCCUCCUCGGUUCUAUGCUGCGGCCGCUCGACGAGCGCUACUCUUCCCUUUACAGCUUCUAGCCGCUGACGCGGCCACACCCCUUCAAAGGCGACGGGGGUGGGCCCUCUUCCUGCUCGCCUCGCGCCUGCUGUUCUACCACCCUGCCGGCGCCACAGUUGGUCGGCGAGCCUUGCUGCAGCGGGCCGAUGAUUUCCUGGCCGGCUCUUGGCCUUCAAUGCUUGCGUCUGCGCACGCGCAGCAACCAAGCCCUGGCCCACGUGCUCACGCCGCGCGCACCGCUGAGGAAGAAGCUACACUGCGCCGAGCGCGUGCUUGCCGCCAGGUUGCUCAAGGGGAUCUUUCCCGGGCACGGGCCACCCUCACGGCCUCUCCGCUCGCGCCCGGCACAGCGGCCACUCUGGAGUCCUUAGUAGAUCCCGCCCGGCGUCCUCCAGCCUUGCUUCGUCCCAUCCCUGACCACAUCAGUAAUUACUGCCCGGACGCGGCGCUGCACCUCUCUGAGCAGGAAGUGGUCGACGCGUUGCGCACAGCAAAGCGCAGCGCGGCACCUGGCCUUAGCGGCGCAACCGCCGAGCAUUUCAAACUGCUCCUCGACGAUGGCGAAACCCUCACACUCUUCACGGGGGCACUCACGCAAUUGGCGAAUGCCCACGUGCCGCCGGAAGUCCUCCCAGCGAUUUCCCAGUCUCGUCUCACGGCCUUAGCCAAGCCAGGUGGCGGGGCCCGCGGGAUAGCCACGGGCGAUUCGCUGCGCCGAUUGACAUCCCGCAUCUUGGCGCGCAAGUUUGCAGCAACCUUUGAUGUUGCCACGCGCCCCUACCAAUUCGCGCUCCAAACACGCGCGGGGAUCGAUGCUUUGGCUGGGUUGCUCCGUGCUGCAGUUGAUCUUGACCCCCGGACAGCGGUCGUCUCCCUCGAUGGCCGCUCGGCGUAUGAUUGCGUGUCGCGCAGCGCCAUCUUCACCGCCCUUCACACCACGGCGCCGGCCUUGGUCCCAUUUGUCCGGGCCAUUUAUGGCACACCUUCCAUCUUCCAUUGGUGGGACGAUCAAGGCGCGCACCAUGUCAUCACUCAGGGCGAGGGGGUUGAGCAGGGCGACCCCUUAGCCCCCGCGCUGUACGCGCUUGGACAGCACCAUGCCCUCGAAGUUGCUGCUGCCCAGCUCCUGCCUGACGAAGUCUUGGCCGCCUAUCUCGAUGACGUUUACAUCAUCUGCCAGCCUGACCGGGCACGGCCGGCAUUUGACAUCGUCAGCCGGGCCAUCGAAGGCCAUGCCGGGGUCGCCGCCAACUCAGGCAAAACUCGUGUCUUCACCCGCGCUGGAGGCCCAGCGCCGCCUGGCGUUGAAACGCUCGGCCCUGAUGUGUGGCGCGGUGGUGACAGCCCAGAGUGUGGCCUGGUCGCCUUAGGCGCGCCAAUAGGUAGCGCGGAUUUCGUUGCCGCCCAUGCGCACGGCCGACUUGAACAAGAAACCGGCCUCCUAGCCGAGAUCCAGCAGCUCCCGGACUUACAGGCUGCGUGGCUCCUUCUUCUCUACACGGCGGCGCCGCGCGCUGGCCACCUUCUCCGCACAUUGCCGCCCUCUCAAUCUGGAGAGUAUGCGCGCCAGCACGAUAGUGCCGUGUGGAGCUGCUUGUCUUUUCUGCUCGGUGAGCCCGACCCCCUCCCGGCCACCGCUCACGACGUAGGCUUCCUCCCCAUCCGACUAGGCGGCCUCGGCCUGUUCGCGGCUGAACGGAUCGCUCCAGCUGCGUAUUGGGCGGCAUGGGCCGAUGCCCUCCCUGUGCUGGCCCUGCGACAGCCGAUCCUUGCUGCUCGCUGCGCCGCCGAACUUACCCUCGGCCCGGAAUCGGCUGCGGCAUGCCUCCGUGAAGCGGCCGCUUCAGCAUCCGACCUCGACCGGUUUGGCUGGCAGUCGCGCCCGGGUUGGGCUGUCCUCGCGGCCAAUGCGUCGGAAGUUCCUAACCUUCGGGAACGAGAGCCUGGCAUCCCCGCGCAUGGCUGGCAACACCUCGCGUCGCUCGUUGUGCACACUUCUUUCCGAGCGCGCGAAGUUUUGCCCCGCCUCCCGCCCGCUGGCCAAGCGCUGCUCAGACCCCAAGCUGGGCCUCACGCCGGCGCGUGGCUCACCGCCAUCCCAAGCGAGGAAGGCGCUACCUUAACGCCCAACCUCAUGCACAUUGCCCUCCGGCGCCGUUUACGCCUGCCUUUGCCGCCCGCGGCCCAGCGUUGCGGGCAGGGUGCCGGCCGCCAUGGGUGCGGCGGCGCGCUGGAUCCACUGGGCGAUCACGCGCUGGCAUGCCCACGCAGCGGUCUCCUCGCACGCCGGGCCCACGUGCUAGAACACGCAUGGAUCCGUGUUGCCCGUGAGGCAGUCGGCUCUGAGGGCCGGGUGGUCCCACAGCCUUGGCUCGCUCACACCAACUUGGCGACCGCAGUGGACGGCCGUCGGCGGCUUGACCUUCUGAUCCAUGGCGCAACCCCGCGUGGGGAAGCGUUGGCGUGCGACGUUAUGCUAGUUUCCCCGCUCACCCGAAGUGGCCAGCCCGCCAAGCUGCAACUCACGAUGGGGCAGCCCUGCUUGCCGCCCGAGCGCGCAAACACCGCCGCUAUCCAGAGCUGCUUGGCGGGGGCCCCCAGCGCCUUUUGGUACUUGGCGCGGAGGUCGGCGGGCGGUGGCAUUCGGAAUGCCUGCAACUUGUGCGCCUGCUGGUCGCUGUCCGCAGCCCACGCGCGCCGCCGCCACUCCGGCAGGCAGCGGCACAGGGUUGGCAGCGGCGGUGGUGGGGCUUUCUCAGUAUUGCCCUCCAAAAGGCUGUGUGCGCCACAGCACUCGGGGUUGAGUGGAUCUCCCCACCGCUCCCCCACGCAAGCGCACCAGGCAUGGCCCGCCUCCUUGACGAGGUUCCGAUGGAUGGUGCAAGCCGCCUCCCGCUUUCGUUUCACGCCUCGCCGUAGCUGCGCAUCCAUCGAUUUGCACAGCAUUGCCUGUGGUCCGAGCCACUUUCAAUUGACGCUCCGAGACACAGCAGUUGCCGCGGGCGAGGUCCAGGGCUCCGGGGCCCCGGGGUUGGAACAUCUUGGAACUCUGUGGCUGCCGGGCUGCUUCGUUUCACCUGUGCUCCUCGGUGCUUUGAAGGGUGGUGUUCGAGGAGGCUAG